GUUGAGGUAUAGAAGCAGAAGCUGAAACGAGCCCUCUCAUUGGCCUAAAUUUCCCCCCUGCGUCCACAUCCCGGUCAGAUUGGGCCCGGAGGUCAGUCGGAAGCCUCCGGCUAGUGGCGAGACCGGGACCUUAGUCCGCGUAUUAGGCGCUGCAGGGAGUUGGAAAUGUGCGUCUAGAGAGGGACAGCGGCUCUUGGCACCUGCCUCCACCCACCCACCGAGGUCCUAUCCGCCCGCCUUGGCCCCCACCCGUGCUGCCCUGGGGUAGGAAAAGGAGUCUCAGCUGCAGCUUCUGACCUCCCGGGGCACCUGACUCGGGUGUAGAGCUUAGUCUUCCCCUCUGGAAAGUGGACCAGUGGCUUACAGAGGUGUGUGCCAGGGUGGACCGUGGAGGUCUGCUCAUACGGAAGCUUGUUCUUGUAGAGUCGCUCAAAAGUAGGUCCCCAAGGUUCAGAGGCGCGCGGUAUGGGUACCGAGAAUGAAAGCCCAGAACCGGACUGCCAGAAACAGUUCCAGGCCGCAGUCAGUGUCAUUCAGAACCUGCCUAAGAAUGGCUCUUACCGCCCCUCCUACGAAGAGAUGCUGAGAUUCUAUAGCUACUACAAGCAAGCUACCAUGGGGCCCUGCCUCGUCCCCCGGCCUGGGUUCUGGGACCCAAUAGGACGAUAUAAGUGGGAUGCCUGGAACAGCCUGGGCAAGAUGAGCAGGGAGGAGGCCAUGUCUGCCUACAUCACUGAGAUGAAGCUGGUGGCACAGAAGGUGAUCGACACAGUGCCCCUGGGCGAGGUGGCAGAGGACAUGUUUGCUUACUUCGAGCCCCUGUACCAGGUGAUCCCUGAUAUGCCGAGGCCCCCGGAAACCUUCCUGAGAAGGGUCACAGCAGGUUGGAAAGAGCAGGCACUGAAUGGAGAUGCCAGGGCUGCCCCAGAGCUUCCCUGCCCCCCCAGGGAACCAGCACUCCCAAAUCCAGCCCCCGUCUUGUCACCAGUGUCACCUAUCCCCUCCCCAGAGUCCCAGCCACCUAGGGACCUGGACUCCGAGGUUUUCUGUGAUUCCCUGGAGCAGCUGGAACCUGAGCUGCAGGUCUGGACAGAGCAGAAGGGAGCCCCUGGAGGAGAGCCUGACACCAGAAACAGCUCCCCGCUCCCCGCAGAGAAAGAGGGCAGCCCGCUGGGGCCCCAGGAAUUGGACACGUGGCUGGUGGGGACAGUUCGGGCGCUGCAGGAGAGCAUGCGGGAUGUCCAGGGUAGACUGCAGAACCUGGAGAGCCUGCCCAGCGUCGUCGAGCAGGCCUGAAAACGCUUCAUCGUUCAGAGAAAGCCAAGAAGACACCUCCCCCACGCAUCCUGUCCAUAAUUCCCAAGUCCUGAGCAGCUUGGCUCAAAAGAUCCUACGAGGAUUUUCUUCACUUGCCAUUUUGGCUCACUGUGGUUUAAUGGUUUCUCUACACUGUCCAUGAGCAGCAGAGAUGACAUUUCAUUCAUCAUAGUUUCUCCUAACAAGUGUUUGCUAAAUGAAGAAAUGAGGGCCUUAGACUGAAGCUGUUGGAAAUGGAAAUGGAACAUGGGGGUCACAGAGACCUUCGUUCUAGCAAGAAGUGCCCCUUAGUUGUCAUGUAACCUUGGACGAGUCACUUCAUUUCUCUGAGUCCUAGAGACUUCUUACCUCUAAAACGGAGACAAUCAUCCCUACCCUAACUCAUUGGUCUGUGGUGGGGUCAAGUGGUUCUGUGUGCAAAAACAAUGUUAUAUGUCGAACGUAAGACACUGCUAUUAAGGAAGAAAUAAUAAGAAUAGGUCACUGGGUGUGUGUCAAGAGGGAGAUGCUGUGAUUACGCUGACAUUUUAGGCCUAAACGAUUAGAGCGGCGAGUUUGGGCUACUCCAGGGCCCUGUCCUCUGGGCCGGAGCCUGGAAUCUGGAGAAUUUUCUCGAGACUGUGUCACCCUGCCUCCCCCAUGAAUCUACCCCAGUCCUGGGCCAGAAUCCCCCUGUCCCCAUUUCCGGGCAAGACCUCCUCCUUGGGGAAGACUCCGGCUCUGUUUCCUCCCAGUGCUGCCCAGCGCCCACUGAUGAGGAAGGGCCUCUGUGGAUGGUACCCCUUCUCUCUCGGGUAGCCAGGGUUGAUUAUUUAAACUCAGGAUUAAUUUUGAGCUCUAUCCCUCCCCCGCAAUCGAGGUCCACCAACUGGCCCGACUGCCUUGUCAGGCCUCAGGAAAUGUUCCCGGUCGGCUCGGCUCGGAAGUGAAGAGAUCAAGUCGGCCCCAGGAGGCCAUUUUUGUUUGACAGAAGCCAAGGUUGAGGCCCGGGGGCUAGGCCUUCCCGCCCCGGGAUCUCCCCGGAGCCUUGGAUGCACUCCCCGCGCUUCCCGGAUCCCCGCCCAGAAGAGAGGCUCGGUCACGGCCCACCAUUUUGCAUUGGUCCUGGACGGCGGGGGCCCCGAAAGACCAGACCAGGACUGGGACUCGGCCACUUUCGCCAAACGUCCCAAAACCAGUCCCAGGGUGGAAGUCACCCGGGACUCGAACCUGCCUUCUCAUCCUCCGAGGCCUAGUCCGAGGUUGCUGCACUAAUGCAGUCACACUGUCCCUUUAAGACGGCACUUUUUAUUCUUCAUUUGUUUACUUCUUCAUACGCUUUUCGUUUUUUUUACAAUGUGCUCACAGUAUCCUUCCGCAAAUGUCAGUCCCAGGCACUAACCACACGCACCUUGAAGCCAUUCCUGUAAUCUUAAGAAUCAAGAGUUAUUAGUUGUAGGCCAAUAUCUCUCUUUAUAGAAUUUAAUCCUCUUUUACACUUUAGGGACUACUUUUUAGGAAUAUACCAUUUUUGCUUUAACUAACAAAUGUUUAUGACCUUCAGAACCCUUCCGCUGAGGACAGAAUAUGAUAAUAGCCUCUAAAACUCACCUUUUCAUAAAAAUAUUCUGUGUAGGCCCUCAGAGGCUAUCGAAUCUUCUCGUAUUCCUGAAGCAGAAUGGUAUGGUCCAAAGCCCGCCCCAUCUUCUCUGUGAUUGGCUUUCCUUCUUUGGCGAGACUUGUGACUCCUGACCAAUGGUCACUCACGUUUCUCUAGCGAGGCAUGUGCGAUAGAAGGAGGCGGCCUGGAAAUCGCCCCCUACGCGUUCUGGGAUUGGCUACGUCGCACGGCGCGCGAGGACGGCGGGCCUGAAGGAUGAGAACUACGACUCCCAGCUUCCUGAGAUGGGGACUCCGUUACGCAUGCGCAUGGGAGGGGCGGCCAGGCUUCUAUAUAAAAGGGGCGCAGAGGGCUGGGAGGCAGCAGUUGGAAGUUGGCAGGUGGAGAGGCAGGUUGGGAGGGGGAGUCGGGGGAGGAGGCGGAAGAGUUGCUGUCGGAAGGGGGAGGAGGGAGGGAGGAAAAGAGGAGGAGGCGGUGGAGAUCUGAGCUGAACCGAGCAUCGAGCCAAAGGGGAGAUGAGUUUGUCUGUCCUCGGCUGAGGCUCCGGCCGGGCCUAGGGAACUGGGAGCUCGGGUUGGAGCGACACCCGUGGAAGUGGGAGGAGGUGGCUCUGGGACUUUAACCCCUUGUGGGCUCUGCGGCAGGGGAUUUAACCCUUUGUGGAUUCGGCCCCUCGGAGGCAGCGUCAUCGGGUAGUUUUAACCCCUUCGGGGCUGGGUUUAACCCGUUGGACUUAACCUCAUCUCCUUGGCCACCAACUCCUCGAUCGUGGGGGCGCUCUGCGGGGAGGUUUGAGGUCCACCCCCUUUGCACAUUACGUACUGUUACUGCUGCUGCACCCCCCCGGACCCGCUUAGCUGGUCGCGUUGUGGGCACUUAACCCUUUAUUGACUUGAGCUCUCCCAAGUUGCAAUUGGAGUUUGUUGACAGAAGGACUGGCUAAAGGCGUCACUGCAGGAAUUACAGACCGAAGAGGACUCUGCUGGACGUUUUUU